GCUAGGAGAGAAGAGGAGACGGGAAUAUUGCAGUGCAUUGUUAAGACUUAGUGUUGCUGUUCUGCUGUUGUUUUCCCUCCUGUCCAGAGCAAAAGUUCUCACAAAGUUUUGUUCUUUGCCUUUUUGGAUUUUUCUGCACUGAACUGGGAAUAAGAGACUCUGUGGAUUAGCAAGGGGGCAGUGAGCACAGAGGUGGAAUGUUUCUCUAACUCGUCAGGCUGUGUUCUCUCUCCUCUUCUCCUUGUGCAGUUUUACUCUUCAGCAAACUAGGAAGCAGAGAAAAACUAGCAGCACUUCUCGGAACUCUUUCCUCAGCAGCUGCUCACUGAGUUGUUCGGGAUGCUGCCUUUAACUAACACCUGUGGAGGGUAGUGACGUGAGAGGUAGUGAAGUGUGAGAGGUGUAAAGACUUUUAAUCAUAUUAGGGGUUUGUAUUUUCAUGAAGAGUGGAACAUUAGGUUUUUGUGAAAUGAAAGUGACAGGACGCUUGUAAAAUUUGUGCCUUCUGGUGAAACCAAAUUUUUGGGAGCCGCCAUGCUGAGCCUGCAGGAUUCUGUCUUCUUUGAGAUCAGCAUCAAAUCUUUCCUCAAGUCUUGGAGUAGCAGCUCUUCUGCACCAGCCAGCAGCAGCGUGAGUAAACACCGUGCCCCCUCCUCAGUUACUCCCCUUUUGUGGGAGAAACACAACAUUGCCACCAUGUCGAACAUCAUCGUUGACCCUGAGCUCAAGCCCGGGGAGUUUGUCAUCAAGAGUCUAUUUGCUGAGUUUGCUGUGCUGGCUGAGAAGAAGAUCGAGAUGGUGAUGGCUGAACCACUGGAGAAACCCUUGUCCCGAUCCCUGCAGAGAGGGGAAGAUGCACAAUUUGACCAGUUAAUAAGCUCUAUGAGCUCAAUAGCAGAACACUGUUUGCCCUCCCUACUACGCACACUGCUUGACUGGUACCGGCGUCAGAGUGGCACUGAAGAUGAGUCUUAUGAGUACAGACCUCGCUCCAGCACUAAGUCCAAAGGAGAUGAGCAACACCGGGACAAAGAUUAUCUUCUGGAACGGAGAGACUUAGCCAUAGAUUUCAUUUUUUGUUUAGUUUCAGUGGAAGUUCUAAAACAGAUUCCUCUUCAUCCAGUGCCGGAUGUUUUAGUACAUGAAGUUCUAAACCUGGCAUUCAAGCACUUUAAACACAAAGAGGGGUACUGCGGCCCCAACACCGGCAAUGUACACAUUAUCGCAGACCUGUAUGCUGAGGUCAUUGGAGUUCUUACACAGUCAAAAUUUCAGGCAGUGAGGAAGAAGUUCAUCACAGAACUGAAUGAGCUCAGGCACAAAGAGCAGAGUCCUUAUGUAGUCCAGAGUAUCAUCAGUUUAAUCAUGGGCAUGAAGUUCUUCCGGGUUAAAAUGUAUCCUGUGGAGGAUUUUGAGGCUUCUUUUCAGUUCAUGCAGGAGUGUGCCCAGUAUUUCCUGGAAGUCAAAGAUAAGGACAUAAAGCAUGCUCUAGCAGGCCUUUUUGUUGAGAUCCUCAUCCCUGUUGCAGCUGCGGUGAAAAAUGAAGUCAAUGUGCCGUGCCUGAAGAACUUUGUGGAGAUGCUGUACCAGACGACAUUUGACCUUAGUUCCAGAAAGAAGCACUCUUUGGCACUGUAUCCCCUGGUAACAUGCUUGCUGUGUGUUAGUCAGAAGCCGUUCUUCCUCAACAACUGGCACAUCUUCCUCCAGAACUGCCUCUCACACCUCAAGAACAAAGACCCCAAAAUGUCCCGUGUAGCGCUGGAGUCACUUUACAGACUGCUAUGGGUCUAUAUCAUCAGGAUCAAGUGUGAGAGUAAUACAGUCACACAGAGUCGAUUGCUCAGCAUCAUUUCAGCACUUUUCCCCAAAGGCUCCCGCAGUGUGGUGCCCAGGGACACGCCCCUCAACAUCUUUGUCAAGAUCAUCCAGUUCAUAGCUCAGGAAAGACUCGACUUUGCUAUGAAAGAGAUCAUCUAUGACCUCCUGUGUGUGGGCAAGUCUCACAAAACCUUUACCAUCAAUCCAGAGAGGAUGAAUAUCGGUUUGCGAGCCUUCUUGGUGAUUGCUGACAGCCUACAGCAGAAAGAUGGGGAGCCUCCCAUGCCUACUACAGGGAUCAUCAUGCCCUCUGGCAACACCCUGCGUGUCAAAAAGAUCUUCCUCAACACCACCCUCACUGAUGAAGAAGCAAGGGUCAUAGGGAUGUCACUGUACUACCCACAAGUAAGAAAGGCCUUAGAUAACAUCCUGCGACACCUGGACAAGGAAGUGGGACGCUCCAUGAGCAUGACCAGUGUACAGAUGUCCAACAAGGAGCCUGAGGACAUGAUCACGGGAGAGAGGAAACCAAAGAUCGAUCUGUUUCGUACGUGUGUGGCCGCCAUCCCUAGAUUGAUACCAGAUGGCAUGAGCAGACAAGAUCUAAUAGAGCUCCUAGCCAAACUGACCAUUCAUAUGGAUGAGGAGCUACGUGGCCUGGCCUUUACUACUCUUCAGGCCCUGAUGAUGGAUUUCCCAGAGUGGCGAGAGGAUGUACUUUCAGGCUUUGUCUACUUCAUUGUUCGAGAGGUGACUGAUGUCCAUCCCACUUUGUUGGACAAUGCUGUCAAGAUGCUACUGCAGCUUAUCAGCCAGUGGAAGCAGGCAGUGCAGAGCAGCCAUAAGAGCCAUGAUGCACAGGAUGCCAGCAGUGGUCAUUCUCUGUCCCUGGAGCGUAAUCCUCCAUUAGGUGUGCUGCAUGUGGUGGAGGGUUUAGCACUGGUGGUACUUUGUAGCUGCCGCCCUGCCACCCGUAGGCUGGCUGUUAAUGUCCUCAAAGAGGUCCGUGCACUGCACUCUGCACUGGGCAUUGGCAAGGGGGAUGAGGAAUUGGCCAUUGACAUAAUGGACAAAUUAAGUGCGUCAGUGUUGGAGAGUUUCAUUCAUCUUACAGGGGCUGACCAGACCAGCCUCCUGUAUUGUCCCAGUGGGAUUGAUCUUCAGACACUAGCUGAGUGGAGUGCAUCACCCAUCAGCCACCAGUUUGAUGUGGUUAGCCCUUCACACAUCUGGGUGUUUGCCCACGUUACUCAGGGCCAGGACCCUUGGGUCAUCAGCUUGUCCUGCUACUUGCGGCAGGAGCACCUGCCCAAACAUUGCCCCACUGCCCUCAACUAUGCCUGGAUGUUUGCCUACACCCGUCUGCAGCUGCUGUCUCCACAAGUUGACAUCAAUAGCCCCAUCAAUGCCAAAAAGGUGAACAGUCUGAGCAGCAGUGACUCCUAUAUUGGCCUUUGGAGGAACUACCUGAUUCUCUGCUGCAGCUCCGCCUCUUCCUCCAUGUGUUCAUCAUCCUCCACCUCUGGCUCCGUCCGCUGCUCCCCACCUGAGACACUGGCAUCCACGCCAGACAGUGGCUACAGUUAUGAUUCAAAGAUUGUUGGCACUCCGUCCCCCUCCUCCCUCUUCAAACACAUUGUUCCAAUGAUGCGCUCUGAGAGCAUGGACAUCACAGAGUCUCUUGUGUUGGGGCUUGGCAGGACCAACCCCAUAGUUUUCAGAGACUUGAUGGAGGAGCUAAAUCCCAUCAUCAAAGAAGCUUUAGAAAGGAGACCUGAAAACAUGAAGCGACGCAGGCGUCGUGACAUCCUCAGGGUCCAGCUGGUCCGGAUAUUUGAGCUGCUGGCUGAUGCUGGUGUCAUCAGUCAGAUAGCCAGUGGAGGGUUAGAUGGAGAGAGCCAUUCUCUGAACAGCACACUGCUGGAGUAUGUUGAUCUGACCAGGCAACUGCUGGAGGCUGAAAAUGACAAGGACUCGGACACACUGAAGGACAUUCGCUGCCACUUCAGUGCACUCGUGGCAAAUAUCAUACAGAAUGUCCCAGUUCACCAGAGGAGGAGCAUCUUCCCCCAGCAGUCACUGAGACACAGUCUGUUCAUGCUGUUCAGUCACUGGGCUGGGCCCUUCAGCAUCAUGUUUACUCCCCUGGACCGCUACAGUGACAGAAAUAUGCAGAUCAAUCGCCAUCAGUACUGUGCGCUAAAGGCCAUGUCUGCUGUUUUGUGUUGUGGCCCUGUAGCUGACAAUGUUGGCCUCUCCUCUGAUGGCUACUUGUACAAGUGGCUGGAUAACAUCCUGGAUUCUCAGGACAAAAAGGUUCACCAGCUUGGUUGUGAGGCUGUGAUGCUGCUGCUGGAGUUAAAUCCAGAUCAGAGUAACCUCAUGUUUUGGGCUGUGGACCGCUGCUACACCGGCUCCCGUCGUGUGGCUGCGGGCUGCUUCAGGGCCAUUGCCAAUGUCUUUCACAACAGGGAUUACCAAUUUGACACUGUGGUGCUGCUGAAUCUGUUCAAGGCGGCUGAUUCUUCCAGGGACAUCUAUGAAGUGGCCAUGCAACUGUUACAGAUCCUGGAGCCCAAGCUCUUCCGUUACGCCCACAAGUUGGAAAUCCAGCGAACAGAUGGCAUCUUGACCCCUCCCUCACCUCUACCACAUCUCUACUCUGUGUCUUACUACCAGCUGUCUGAGGAGCUUGCAAGGACGUACCCAGAGCUCACUCUGCCCAUCUUCUCAGAGGUGAGCCAGCGUAUCCAGACAGCUUAUCCUGGUGGUCGUCAAGUGAUGUUGCACUACCUCCUGCCUUGGAUGAACAAUGUGGAGCUGGUGGACUUCAAACCGACUGCACGGCGACAAGAAGAUUGCGGCAGUGGUGAGGAUGACGAGGAUGUAAAGGACCAGGAGCUCAUGAUGGUCAACAGCCGGCGCUGGCUCCGUGGGGAGGGCUGGGGCUCCCCUCAUGCGACAGCCAUGGUGCUAAACAACCUCAUGUUUAUGACCGCUAAGUAUGGGGAUGAGUUUGCUUGGUCAGAGAUAGAGAAUGUAUGGACAACAUUAGCAGACAGCUGGCCAAAGAACCUCAAAAUCAUUCUACACUUCCUCAUCAGUAUGUCAGGAGUCAACAGUGACCCCAGCCUCUUGCCCUAUGUGAAACGAGUGGUUGUUUACCUGGGCAGAGAUAAGACUAUGCAGCUGCUGGAGGAGUUGAUGUGUGAGCUUGAACUGACUGAUCCUGUUAGCUCAGCUGUCACUCAUAUGGACAACCCCCCCUACUAUCGCAUAACCUCCAGUUACAAGAUCCCCUCAGUCACCUCAGGAACAACCUCCAGCAGCAAUACCAUGGUGCCAGGGAAUGAUGGUCAUCAUGAUGGCAAGAUCAAAGACUCGAACAUGGAGGAAAGCUACACCCACCUGGACAUCUACAGUGGGCUGAACAGUAACCUGAACUGCCAGCACCACCGUCUAGAAUCUCGUUACAGCAGCAGCUCUGGAGGCUCCUACGAAGAAGAGAAGGGUGACUCUAUGCCACUUUAUGCUAACUGGCGUUUGAAAGUGAUGGAUCACGACCGGCCAGAGCCUCUUCCAUUCCCUCCAACAGGAGGCUGUUGGUCGCCAUUGGUGGACUAUUUGCCAGAGACCACUGCCCCUGCUGUGCCGCUCCACAGAUGCAACAUUGCAGUCAUCCUACUGACAGAUCUCAUUGUGGACCAUGGGGUCAAAGUGGAGUGGAGUGCCUACCUGCACCUCUUGCUACAUGCUAUUUUCAUUGGGUUUGAUCACCAGCACCCGGAGGUCUAUGAGCACUGCAAACGUUUGCUGCUUCAUCUGCUUGUUGUCCAGGGAGCAAAUAAUGGUGUCCAGUCUGUGGCUAUGGUGCUUUUACGCAACAGAGACUACAAUGAUCCAAGGGUCCUGACUGUGAAGCCUGUUGUUUCAGAGUUCAACCUCACAGGAGUUAAAGAGUUUCUGCCAGAUUGUCAGCCAUCACCUGUGACAGACUCCGGCCUCAGCUCGAGCUCCACAUCCUCCAGUAUCAGUCUUGGGGCAGGGGGGAGUGUGUUGUCGCACCUCUCUCCUACUCUCCUCAGUGAGAUAGAUGUCACUGUUGAACAGGACGAGAAGGCCAAAGCUCUCAUUGAGUUCAUUAUGACAAGGAAGCGGGGGCCGCUCUGGAACCAUGAAGACGUGUCGCCAAAAACCCCCAAAAUUAAGAGCGCUGAUCAGCUGAGUGGUUUUGUCAGACAUGUAGUGAAUGUCUUCAGGUGUUCCCAGACAGGUUUUCAGCUGGAGUCGAUGCUGAGUGAAGUAGCUCUGCGGACAGCUCUGUCUUGUUGUUGUCGCCACUAUGCUGGGCGCUCAUUCCAGAUUUUUAGGGCACUCAACCAACCUCUGACUCUUGGCACGCUGUCUGAUAUUCUGUCUCGACUAGUAGAGACCAUAGGAGACCCAGGAGAGGAGGCUCAGGGCUUUGUUAUUGAACUGCUCCUGACACUGGAGUCAGGCAUUGACACGUUAUCAGACACAGUCAAAAACUAUGACCUCCUCACUGCCUUAGCACAAACCUCUCGUGAUCAUUUGUUGGGGCCUAAGUUUGCUGCCAACAGGAAAAGCACAGGCCAGUUGAACUUGAACGGUGGUGGUCCGUUUCAUUACGUCCAUGCUCGCAGCAACUCUCUGCGUGCCAGCCUGAUGGGUGAACGAAAAGCUGACAGGCGUAGGAGUAACACCUUAGAUGUAGCAGACCGCCUUGGUGGUAGCCAUGGAAACCUGGCUCGCACACGGAGCUUAUCAUCACUCGGUGGAGGAGGGGGUCCAGGGGGAGAAGCCAUCCCCCCAGUGGACCCUUCAAAUCUGAUGGCCACUGUGUUCUGGAUCGCCGCCUCACUGCUUGAGUCGGACUACGAGUUUGAGUACCUGCUGGCGCUGCGGCUGCUGAACAAGCUGCUGGGCCAGUUACCGUUGGAUCGUGCAGACAGCAGAGAACGUCUGGGCCAGUUACCGUUGGAUCGUGCAGACAGCAGAGAACGUCUGGAGAAAGUCCAGGCCAAGCUGAAGUGGUACAGCUUCCCAGGCCUGUUGCAGCUCUUUCUGAAGGGCUUCACCUCGGCUUCUACUCAGGAGCUCACUAUUCACCUGCUCAGCAAACUCAUCAGUGUAUCCAGACAUACACUGGUAGACCCUUCACAAGUGGCAGGUUUUCCUUUGAAUGUCCUGUGCCUCCUACCGCACCUUAUCCAUCACUUUGACAGCCCUACUCCAUUCUGUAAGGAGACAGCCGAUAAGAUAGCUAAGGUGUGCACAGAUGAGAAGUCAGCCACGCUCUCCAACCUGGCUCACAUGAUGAGCCUGUACAGCACACACAGCUAUUCCCGUGACUGCACCAACUGGAUCAAUGUGGUCUGUCGCUACCUCCACGAUGCCUUCGCUGAGAUAACCUUGAACCUGGUCACUUACUUGGCUGAGUUGCUGGAAAAGGGCCUUCCCAGCAUGCAGCAGUCCUUGUUGCAGAUCAUCUACAGCCUGCUGAGUCACAUUGACCUAUCAGCAGCCCCUGUCAAGCAGUUCAACCUGGAGAUCAUGAAGAUCAUUGGCAAAUAUGUUCAGAGCCCACAUUGGAAAGAGGCCCAAAACAUUCUGAAGCUGGUAGUGUCUCGCUCAGCCAGCCUUGUUGUCCCGGAUGAUGUGCAGCGCUCUUACAGCACAGAGUCAUGUGGCUCUCCAGAGAUUGCCUUUACACGGAUAUUCAACAACUCCUCCAAGGAGCUGCCUGGCAAGACUCUGGAUUUCCACUUUGACAUCUCAGAGACCCCUAUUAUAGGGCACAAAUAUGGUGAUCAGCGUACUGCAGCAGGUCGGAAUGGAAAGCCACAGGUGAUUGCUGUGACUAGGAGUACAUCCUCUACAUCGUCCGGCUCCAACUCCAAUGGGCUGGUGCCAGUAAGCUGGAAGAGGCCUCAACUCUCUCAGAGAAGAACCAGAGAGAGGCUGAUGAAUGUUCUGUCUUUAUGUGGCCCAGAGACUGGCAUUCCCAAAAAUCCAUCUGUGGUAUUCUCAUCCAGUGAGGAUCUGGACUCUGCAGACCAACAGACCAGUCUCAUACCCACAGUGGAGGAGGUGGUCAGAGAGGAGGAGAUGCAGGGAGAAGAUACAGGCAGUGAGCAGCAGUUUGGUGUCUUUAAGGACUUUGACUUCUUAGAUGUGGAGCUGGAGGAUGCUGAGGGGGAGAGCAUGGAUAACUUCAACUGGGGGGUGCGUCGUCGCUCCCUGGAGAGCAUGGACAAAGGGGACACACCGUCUUUGCAGGAGUGUCAGUACACAGGCAGCACACCAAGCCUCAACCUCACCAAUCAUGAGGACACGGAUGAAUCAUCUGAAGAGGAGGUACUGAGCGCUAGCCAGAUUCUCAACCGCUCUGGCCUUCUCAACAGUGACUUUGCUACAGAUGAUGCAGCUUCCAACCAUGUGGAUUCUUUGCAACAGUCUCAAGAAUCCUCCAGCAGUGCUCUGGCUGAGGAGGCAACUGUCCUGCCCUCACUACCUUCUCUUCCCCGAUUGGAUAGCCCCACUUUGGAGAUGGCCCACUCAGACAGCACCAGCAGCCAGCUGCCUGAGGAUGCUGUAAGCAUGAUGGCAGCAGACGAGCUGAGCAGCAGUGUGAGUGAGGACACAGGGUUUUGCAGUGCCCCCCCCAUGCCCUCUGACCCGCCAGAUCUCUGUGACCUCGCAGACUCACAGGACCCUCAAGAUUCUCAGGAUCCUCGGGAAGACCUGGAGCCAGCCCCCCCUCCCCUGCUGGUCAUAGAGACGCCACCAGGGUCCCUCUGUGAGGAGGAAUCCCAUAUAGUCAUGCCUCUAUCUCUGCCCCUGCCCAUGCCACCAGAGGCAAAGCCAGAGCCAGACCCAGACAGCACCUGUGACUCUAUGUGGGAAGAAGAUGUGACACAAGCCCUGAAGGAGCUGGAUGAGCGCUGUGUGGAGGAGGAGGCUGAAUUCUCUGGCAUGUCCAGUCAGGAUGAAGGUGACGCAGACUGCUUCCCAGAGAUUCAGGCCUCUCCGCCCCCUUCACCCUUCCUCUCUGCCAUCCUGGCAGCAUUCCAGCCUGUUGUCUAUAACAGUGAGGAAGAUGCUUGGCGUUGCCAUGUCAACCAGAUGUUGUCAGAUACAGAUGGCUCCUCUGCUGUUUACACGUUCCACGUGUUCUCUCGACUCUUUCAGAGCAUUCAGAGGAAAUUUGGCACCAUUACACAUGCAUCUGUUCACUUUCUUGGGGAAAGGCUCCAGCGAAUGGGUAAUCAGUUCCUCAGCUCCCUGGAAGUCAUGACAUCUUGCUCCCAGUGCCCCACUGUGCUGCUGGAUGCAGAGACGCUGGUCUCUUGUGGACUGUUGGAGACUCUGAAGUUUAGUGUGCUGGAGUUGCAGGAACAUCUGGACACUUACAAUGCCAAGAGAGAAGCAGCGGAGCUCUGGCUGGAGAACUGUAGGAAGACAUUUGGGGACAAAGACGGCAACCAGCAACCUAACACUCAUACACAGCAAAUGGAAAAUCUAGCAGAGCUGGAGUUGUGUCGCAGGCUCUACAAGUUGCACUUUCAGCUGCUGCUGCUCUUCCAGGCCUAUUGCAAGCUCAUCAGCCGGGUGGACACCAUCAAGAGAGAGGCAGAGGUGACCAACAUGUCUGAAGAACUCAGUAUCCUCGAGAGCUGUCUGAAGGAGGCAGAGAUAGGAACGGAUGGUCAGGAGGAUGUGUGUAUGUCAGACACCGCCCAGACCAACACAGAGACAGCCAUCCACUCACUGAUUGAGACUCUGAGAGCCAGAGACUUCAGCUCUGCCCUCACACAGGUCAAACUGUUUAGGUCUUUGUGGCCCAACGACAUCUUUGGCAAUGAGACAGACGAUGCAGUCCAGACCCUUCUGCACAUCUACUUCCGUCACCAGACGUUGGGUCAGACAGGCUGCCUGGCAGUAGUUGGCCCCAGCAGGGAUCUGUCGCAGGCUAGUGCCCGCCUCAUGGAGCUCAACCUGCAGAUCCGCGAGGCUCUGAGUCAGGCGCAGGCCUGCCAGCCCCACACCACCAUGAUCAGCACUGGACUGUGAGCCUGUGUACUGCAGACUGCAAGCCUGGACUAGACAGGACAAAAAACAAAAAUCCCUCCUUCCCCCUGCUCUAUACAGACCUCAUGUCAGCUGCAGAGAGAAGGUAGACAGCGAUGGCUUCAGAGGACGACGAGACGGACUCCACCUUAAAGGGCUAAAGGAUGCGUGGGAAUAACUGUGACUCAUAACAUAUUGUUACAAGUAUGAAUGCUUAAAAUUAAUAUCUUUUCCCAGACUAAGCCAACUUGCAGAAUUCAGUUGCAAUAAGUUGUGGUGGUGUGCCUGGGAAGGAAUAAGUGAGGAAGCAAUGGAAUGACAACUUCUUUUUUCUUUUGUUUUUUUUUGCUGGAUCUGACCUGAUGGGCCGGUCGUUCUGACCGGUGGCGGCUUCAGGGCCUGGGCUGGAAAACUGUGUUGCUGUGGGGUGAAGCAUGUAAGACAGUCCAGAGGAAGUGUCAUAUGUGUGUGGACACACCAUCAGGAUUCAUAAGCAGACAGAUAAAGGUUUUCAGAAGCAUGCUUGGAAGAGAAAAGCACUGCAAGAAUAUUUUUUGAGAGAUGUAUUUUUUAUUAGAGCUAACAUCCUAGGUUGUAAAUGUUAGGAUAUUUAACAUGUAAUUGUAACCCUGUGGGACACAUUUGCCUUUAAAGAGUGUAAAAAGAGAAAUAUGUUUAUUGAUCUGCUUUGAGAGGAGAGUCCCCUUCAACAGGUCUUCAUGCAAAACUCGCUAACCAAAUGAGUAGCUGCCUUUAGAGACUGGGUGUGUUAUAUAUUGAUACUCGGGUAUACACCCACAUAAAAUGCAUAUAGUUGCACUCAAGUGCAGACUGGCUACAACUCAUUAUGGAAACAUAACUUAUUUUACUCUGUAUAUAUUUUAGCAACUGUAUAGUGUAAAACCAGUAUUUUUCCCUUGUACUUUUGUGUAAUGCACUGUUCAUCUGAAUAGGAUGUAUGUAUAAAGCUAAUGUGAUGAGAAAGCCAAGACCAGAUGUGAGUCAAUCUGCUCCACCUCAGUCAUCCAAUCAUGCAAACUAGCAGGCUUCAUAAAGGCUGCCCUGGUUGGUUGUUGGGACCAGGGCUCAUGGAACAAGCCACCUUGAUGGUGGUGGCCUGAGAUCAGAUGUAGCUUCCCUCUCCUGUUGGACCGCACCAAUCCAGCCAAGCAUUUUCUCCAAUGAUUUUUUUUUUUUUUGAUCAGCCCCCCACUUCAAGCCUUGAAGUUAAAAUUUGCAUUAGUCCAUGUAGGUUGAUCACAUUUUGGGUUUUCAGAGGACAUGGCUGACACUGUGCCAUACUUUCAGAUUGGCUCUACUUGCUGCUGUACCUGCAGGACAUAUUACCUGAAGGCUUUUUGGAGCUUUGGUCAUGGCACAUUAACUGUACUCAUUCCUGAGCUUCUCCUCCCAUGCUGGUCUGGUACAGUUGAAUACUAUUAAUGUAGUUACGUGGAAGAUGUUUGAGGUGCAUUAUACUUUGGUUCAUUCACAUACCAGCCUUCUCUCAAUGAAUAAAGCCCAACUACACAG